CGGUGGAAUAUGAUGGAACUUUAGUACAAAUAGUUCGUCAGUAUAUUUACGGUAUAUUUUGAAAUUUGUGACGUAUUUGCUCUGACUGGCGCGGAUCACAUUGACAAUAUUGUCGCCCGCGGGCGUCGCAACGUAAGUCCAAAAAAGUGUUAAUUUAAAUGAUAAUAAAGUGCUCUGCCUGCUUAUGUAAAAUGGACAAGUGCAGAUAGCGAUAAAGCAUUCCCAAACAUAUAGAAAGGGGACAAUUUUGUGAUGCUUGUGCGUGUGUGUGAAAGUGGGUUUCACACAGAUCAGGUUUUGUUCAGCUGCAUUCUUUACCCUCCAAGCGUCUACCCCUCCCCUUAGCAUACUUGAGUGUUCUAAGGUGCAAUAGCCAUACAUAGAGAGAGAGAGAGAGAGCGAAUGAGAGAAAGAGGGAAAGGGACAAGUGGCUGCACUUGCCACGCUUGACUUGACCACAUUCAACUUGCAGCAGCAGGCUGCCUGCAUGUAAUGUGGAAACUGCAGAUAAAAGCGUAACACACAAAAAACCAGAUAAAAAGAGGCAAUGCGAUCAGGCUGAAGCGGAAUAGCUGCAGCGAUCGCAAUAAAGGACUGGUAGAGGGAGAGUUAAAGAACCUUUAGCAUACAUUUCUGAAUGGAAUAAUUAUGUGAUGGGCUCGUGCUCGUGUACGCGGCGACACUUUUUGUUGUCAAUAUGCUUCCUGCAAGUGAUAACGAUUCUCGAACGCCAGGUAUUCGACUUUCUCGGAUACAUGUGGGCCCCCAUCCUGGUGAAUUUCUUCCACAUUCUAUUUAUCAUAUUCGGAUUCUAUGGCGCAUAUCACUUUCGCGUUAAAUACAUCAUCACCUAUCUAAUAUGGAACUUCCUAUGGAUCGGCUGGAAUGCUUUCCUCAUUUGCUUUUAUCUGAAUGUGGGGCAGUUGGAUAGGGACAGUGAUCUACUCAAUCUCGGCACGGGCAGCGUUUCCUGGUUCGAGGCGAACGGUUAUGGAUGCCGGCCCACCUACAACAUGACGGCGGAUGAUCCGUUCCGUCCACAGCGGCCGGAGACCGUAGAGGGCUGCCUGCUCGACUAUACGCUGGUGGAGAUUAUUCACUCGGGAGUUCAGUGCGGUCUGGCGCUGCUCGGUAUACUCGGUGCGAUUCUGAUCAGUUGCAUAUUUCUGGACGAGGACGAUAGAUUCGAUUUCAUGAACGGCGACGCGAAGAGUCCCCAGCACACCGUGGUGCACCCAAUGUACGUGAGCUAUACAAGUAUACCCACAACAUCUGCAAGUGCCACAAUGCAAUCAAACAAGCAUCUGCAGCUGCAACUGCAGAACCAGCAGCAGCAGCAGCAAAACUCACUGAAACUCUAUCAUCAUCAGCAACAAGUAUCACACUUAAACCAGAACUAUCAACUGAACAACAGCAACAAUAAUACACUCAACAAUAAUCUUCACCAGCGUCAGGCGCCGCCUCAGCCGCCGCUAGACACACCAAUUAACCACAAUGCAUCAUUCCAACGCCACCACCAAUCAGUCAAUCAUCUAACCCAGCGCACAAGUGGCGAGAACAGCAACAGCAGCAGCCUGAGGCGCCAGCGGCACCACCAGACCAGUGGCUCCGGUCCCAGUCCCAUGUCCCCGCAGACUACUCCCUCGCUUUCGUACGCCUCACUGCAGAACUCCAAUCCCUAUCUGGCCAACUCGCUGAGCAACAGCAACUAUAGCAUCUUCCAGGGCAUCCCCGAGUGUGUGGGCAGCGGCACCCACUUUGCCCGCAUCCACCACAAGGCCAAGGCUCCCAAGUCGGGGCUCAUAACAUCACCAGGUGUAGAUUCAGGUGUAGCCAUCGGCAUGGCAGGCCACUCCCCAGUCCGUCCGCUCGAUCGUCUCUCGCGCAAUCUCGAAGAGGAAGAGGACAACUUUUCAAUGCAGCAGCUCUCCUCUGGGGCAAAUGGCGUCACAUAUGUGCCCUUCAGGAGUCCCACGCCCAGCAGUCUCUUCGUGCACGAGAACAACAACAAUUCUCAGCCCCACAUCGUCUUUAACUCGGCUACGCGCUCUAGUCCCAACAACAAUGCCUCCUUUCCCUAUGAACAGAAUGGAUUGCCUUCCCCACUGCGUGUGGGCCCCAGUCCAAAGGCCCGACGACCCACACAGAUUCCGUUGCCCACAGUGCCGCUGCACACCUGCCACGUGCUGGACGAAGACGAGGAUGAGGAGGUGAAUGGGGAUCAAAUACUGACGCCCCCGCCUCCACCCGUGCCCCGUCCGCACAUCUUCCAUCAGCGCCUGGGCCAGGCGCCCUAUCCUGAUCUCUCGCCCGAGAUAGCUGAAAAAUACGCCAUGCCCACCCAGCAUGUGUCCGUGGCUUCUUCCAUUCCCGUUCCGGUGCCCCACGGCUCGCCCAUGGUGCGACGAACCCAUCGUCGCCACCGACCCGCUAUUCCGGCUCAAGCCAAUUUUUGCGAUCAAAUCCGCGCCCCUCCCCUCGGCUACGUGGUGCGCACACAGAGUGACGAUCGACUGGUGGAGGCGGAUCAACAGACGGAGGCGGCUCCCCGCGUCAAUCGUCGGAGCAACAACAAGACCCGUCCCCGCUCCUUCUGCAGCUCCAUUGUGGGCGUACAGGCAUAGAUCCCGGCCAGCGAAGCCUCCAAGUACGUCCAGCUCCCUACACUCUCCUCUCUAUCUCCAAUCGCCUCUCUGUAAUCUUCUCUCUGUCCGUGCAGGUGCUGGGCCAACUGCUGCUUGUGUCACCAUCUGCCAUGCCCAACUUGUAGCAAGGAUCCCCUCUGGUCCACUUGCGAACCACCCACAUAUACUACACGUACAUACUACAUUUUGUUGUUUCUAUGUUGUGCCUAACCAGCCAUGGCUGAUGACAAUGGCUCCCUUCCGGGAGGGAGCAUAUCCAUAGCCGCAACCAUAAGCUUCCAGCACGUGAGCUCAUCGAUUCGGACAAGGAUUCAGCCUAGCAAAUGUCUUAACUAAUUUAACCAAGCCAAGUAUUUUUGUAUCAGCCAAAAUACACAGCACACGCAUGUCCUAAAUACAUCGAGGGUCUUUCCCGUCGACUUGUGAUAGGAAAUCGAAAUGCGGAAAGGCCCUACAUAUAACACACAAGAGAGCCUGCAUAAUUUUAUGUUGAUCUGUGAUAACUCUAAAAAAGAAAAAACGA